AUGGACACCUAUCAAUGGAGCGAGUACUCGCCGAGGUGUGAAGAAAUCAGAUGCCAAGAACCAAUAGUAGCCGAGAACAGCAUAGUGUCAGUGACCGGAAACGAUCGAAUCCAUGGACGUACACUAAUCCGUACAUCCGCUAGCUCACGCCAGACGUACCAGAUAGGUGCAUUAGUGAAAUACAGGUGUGAGAGAGGAUACAAAGUGGUCGGAGAAAGCCUUUCCACGUGUGAGGAUAACGGCCAAUGGAGCGGAGUUACCCCACGCUGCCAAUAUGUCGAUUGUGGUAAUCCAGCUAGACUCCAAAAUGGCAAAGUGACACUUGCCACCAACGCAACGUACUAUGGAGCCGCCGCGCUCUACGAGUGCGAUGAACAUUGGCAGCUCGAUGGUGUUUCUAGAAGAUUGUGUCAAGACAAUGGCACGUGGAGUUCAGAAGCACCUAUAUGCAAAGAAAUCACGUGCGCCGACCCAUCAAUCCAAAUAAAGGGCAGCACUGGCUUGCUAGUGGUGACGUCAACUCUUAGCGUCGGUGGUGAAGCACACUACCGCUGUGACAGAGGAUACAGUUUGAAAGGAAACCAGACGAGGACUUGUAUGCCAAAGGGUCAGUGGAGCGGGGCUCCACCUGUGUGUAUACCUAUCGACUGCAAGUCGCCGGGUAACAUGGAAAAUGGCCGCAUCAUAAUAUCCAAUAGCUCAACGCUGUUCGGAAGCUCUAUAGAGUACCACUGUCUUCCGCAAUACCAGAGAGUUGGGCCGUUCCUUCGUAAAUGCCUGGAUGAUGGGAAGUGGUCUGGCGAGGAGCCUCGAUGUGAACUGGCCAGGAAUGAAGCUGCUGACAGUGGCACUCUACCACUGAGCGUCGGCGUCGGGUGCGGCGUCGUGUUAUUCCUACUUAUGUUAUUGGGAGUUAUCUAUUUACGACUACGGAAAGCAACGCCCGUAAAGAACACAGAGAACAUAGAAGGCGCUGAGAGGAAGGAAGACCAGAACGCAGCUGUUAUGAGCUAUGCGUCUCUGCACGAUACAAAUGGUCGGCAUAUAUACGACCAUGUUACUGAUAACCUAUACGAUUCUCCGUACAGCGGGAGCAUUGCUGAAAAUUCAGCAUAUGGUCGCCGUAGCGAUACUGACUCGGCAUACGAACCAGAACCCACUGGUCCUAACGCGGUAGUCACCAUAAACGGAGUAGCUGUUCGUUGA